AAAUUUGACCUUAUUUUCACAUGAAACAAAAGAAGCAUUCAUACGCCAUUCAGAUUUCCUCGGCCUCUUCUUCGUGGAUUGCUCUGACUCUAUGCUCAUCAGGAAUUACUCCCCUGCUCUGGUUUCCUCUUUCAUUUUCUUAUGUUCCUACCUCACUGCCCAUGGCGCCGACACCAUCCAUGCAAACCAGACCCUCUCCGGAGACCAGACCAUUGUUUCUUCAUACUUCGAGCUUGGAUUCUUCAAACCAGGUAAUGCUUCCAAAUACUACAUUGGCAUAUGGUACAGGAACAUCGUCCCUCAAACUGUAGUUUGGGUUGCCAAUAGAGAGACCGCCAUAUCCGAUAAGAUCUCCGCGGAGCUGAAAAUGGUCGACGGCAAUUUAGUGCUCCUCAAUGAGCUGAAAAUCACACUCUGGAACACCAGUUUAAGCUCCGCCGUCGCCUCCAAUUCCAUUUCCGCGGUUCUUCUCGACAGCGGUAAUCUGGUUUUGACCGGCGGGUCGGAUUCGGGUCCUAAUUCUACGGCGGCGACCCCCCUUUGGCAGAGCUUUGAUUACCCGACGCAUACGUGGCUGCCCGGAGGUAAGAUUGCGUAUGACAAGCGGACGAAACAGAAACAUCUUCUGAUUUCGUGGAGAAAUUCCGAGGAUCCGGCACCCGGUUUGUAUUCCCUCGAACUGGACCCGAUUCAAAAACAGUACCUGAUAAGGUGGAACAGGACUGAGCAGUAUUGGACUAGCGGACCCUGGAAUAACCAUAUCUUCAGUUUGGUCCCUGAAAUGAGAUCGAAUUACAUUUACAACUUUAAUUACAUUGAUAAUGCUGACGAGAGCUAUUUUACUUAUUCACUAAAUGUUCCUUCUUCUCUAUUGUCGAGAUUUGUCAUGGAUAUCUCUGGUCAAAUCAAGCAGCUAACAUGGCUGGAGACAUCUAAAGAAUGGAAUCUGUUUUGGUCACAGCCUAGAAAACAGUGUGAGGUUCAUGCUUAUUGUGGCCCGUUUUCCUCCUGUCAAAACUCCUUGCCCUUUUGUGACUGUUUGGAUGGUUUUCAGAAAACAUCAGACAGAGAUUGGAGUCUUGAUGAUUAUUCUGGCGGUUGUACGAGGAAGAUGGAGUUGCAGUGUGGAGGAAAAGACAAGUUUAAAUCCUUACCUCAGAUGAAGCCACCAGACAACCCACAAUCUCUAAGCGUUGGGAAUGGUUCCCAUUGUGAAUCUCUUUGUUUGGGAAACUGCUCAUGCACUGCUUAUGCUUAUGAUGUAAGCAAUGGGUGCUCUGUUUGGUUUGGGCAACUCAAUAAUAUGGAAAACGUCACACAAGACAGCGGUGGCGGGACAACCGUCAAUAUAAGACUUUCUGCAUCUGAAUUUCCAAGUGCAAAAAGUAAAGCGGCGACCAUUUGGAUUGGUGCAACUGUAGGAUCUGUUGUUUUCAUGUUGGUUCUGUUUGGGGUUAUUUUCUUCAUUUUCUGGAAACGACGGAGGCAUCUCAUUAGGACCUCGAAGGCGAUGGAGGGUUCACUUGUUGCGUUCUCUUACAGAGACUUGCAAUACUCAACUAAAAACUUCUCGGAGAAAUUGGGGAGUGGAAGUUUUGGUUCUGUUUACAAAGGGACGUUGCCCGAUUCUUUGUCUUCGGUAAUUGCAGUGAAGAAACUGGAAGGCAUAAGUCAAGGGGAGAAGCAGUUCAGGACAGAAGUUAGCACGAUCGGGGCAGUCCAGCAUUUAAACAUAGUUCGUCUUCGCGGGUUCUGCUCUGAAGGGAAUAAGAAGCUGUUGGUUUAUGAUUACAUCCCAAACGGCUCCUUGGAUUCAUGCCUCUUCGGUGUAGAAGAAGGACCCAAAUUUCUCGACUGGAAAUCUAGGUACCACAUCGCGUUGGGGAUAGCAAGAGGAUUGAGUUAUCUGCAUGAGAAGUGCCGGGAUUACAUCAUACACUGCGACAUAAAGCCCGAAAACAUUCUUCUUGAUUCUGAAAUGUGUCCUAAAGUUGCAGAUUUCGGUAUGGCAAAGCUGGUGGGGCGCGACUUCAGUAGAGUGCUGACCACAAUGAGAGGAACCAGAGGUUACCUUGCACCUGAAUGGAUAACCGGAGUGGCCAUCACUCCCAAAGCGGAUGUUUACAGCUAUGGAAUGGUGCUCUUUGAACUCUUAUCCGGAACCCGGAACUCUGACCAUUCCAGAGACGGGAAAGUGAAAUUCUUCCCUUGUUGCGCUGCCCGAGUCAUACUUGAAGGAGGCGACGUUCUCUGCCUGGUUGAUCCAAAGCUUGAUAGAGUUGCAGAUCCAGAAGAGGUUUCCAGAAUAUGCAGCGUUGCUUUCUGGUGCAUCCAAGAUGAUGAGAACCAAAGGCCAUCAAUGGGUGCGGUGGUUCAGAUUCUUGAAGGGGUUUUGGAUGUGAAGAUGCCACCGGUCCCUCGUUCUCUUCAGGUUUUUGCUGAUGAUGAUAGUGUCGGACAGCCCAUUGUUUACUUCACCGAAUCGUUGUCUUCCGGGCAAAGCCAAAGCAGUUUACAAACUCACACCGAGGCUUCUACGAAUGCUUUUUUUUCUCAGCCCAAAAAUGGCACUUCUUCAACUUGAUAGAACUAUAGCCCUCUCAUAUGAUUUUUUCUUCUUACUCUCCUUCUGGGUAUGUACCAAAAAUAUAUUCCUCUUUCCUGUUUUUGGAAGGGUUUGUGUGCCUACUAUUAUUUCUAUUUUCUAAUCAGUGGAUGGAUUGGUUCAGUAAAUCACUAAUAGCACUAUCAAUUCAUUUAGUUCUUUUUCUUGAAUUAUACUCAUAUGUGUAGC